GAGUUCUUCCACCGUCUCAUCUCUCCUCCCGGCCUGCAGUUCCUCAACUCGGCCUGCAGGAGGCGCUGCAGCCCGCUCCUCUCUCCUCUCCUCUCCUCCGUCCUCCUCCUCCUCCUCCUCUCCGCGGUGUGAGAGCGAGGCUUCCCCCGCUAUAAAGCUGCGAGAGGCGGCUGCAGGCUGUAAAGGCUCUUCGGCAGCCAGAGGAGGAGGAGGAGGAGGAGGAGGAGGAGGUGGAGGAUGAUGAUGAAGCUGCGUGUCCCUCAGCGGGGAGCUGAUCUCAGUUCAGUCCGUCUGAGCUGAAACUGGAAACUUUCUGAUGCUUUUCUCAGUCCGGAGCUUCUUCUUCUUCACGCACCUGUGAAAAGACUUCCUGUCCCGCCUCCACCAUGAGUGACAUCUACGAGUCGGCGGCGAACUCUCUGGGUUUGUUCAGCAGUCCCUGUCUGACCAAAGUGGAGCUGCGGCUCACCUGUAAAGGAAUCUCUGACCGCGAUGCUCUGUCCAAACCGGACCCCUGCAUCGUCCUCAAGAUGCAGUCCCACGGACAGUGGAUGGAGGUGGACCGGACCGAGGUGAUCCGCAGCUGCGUGAACCCGUCCUACUCCAAGGUCUUCACUCUGGACUUUUACUUUGAAGAGGUGCAGCGUCUGCGCUUCGAGCUGUACGACAUCAACAGCGGCUACAACGGCCUGCGGGAGGCCGACUUCCUGGGAUCAGUGGAGUGCACGCUGGGACAGAUCAUCUCUCAGAGGAAACUGUCCAAAGCUCUGCUCAGACCAGGAGGAACUGUAGGAAAAGCCAUCAUCACGAUCACAGCGGAGGAGCUGACGGGGAACGACGACUACAUCGAACUCUCCUUCAGCGCCAGGAAACUGGACGACAAGGACUUCUUCAGUAAGUCUGAUCCGUUCCUGGAGAUCUAUCGGCUGAAUGACGACGCCACGCUGCAGCUGGUCUACAGAACGGAGACUGUUAUGAAUAAUCUCAACCCGGUGUGGAAAACCUUCAAAGUUUCACUGAACUCACUCUGCAGCGGAGACCAUGAACGCAAGCUGCAGUGCACAGUGUGGGACUGGGACUCCAACGGCAAACACGACUACAUCGGCGAAUUCGAGGCGACGUUCAAAGAGAUGAGAGGAGCCAUCGAUGGAAGACAGGUGCAGUGGCCGUGCAUUAAUCCCAAAUACAAGGUGAAGAAGAAGAAUUACAAGAACUCCGGGAUCGUCAUCCUCAACCAGUGCAAGAUCAUCAAGAUGCACUCCUUCCUGGAUUACAUCAUGGGAGGCUGUCAGAUCCAGUUUACAGUAGCCAUCGACUUCACGGCGUCUAACGGAGAUCCUCGUAACAGCUGCUCGCUGCACUACAUCCACCCGUACCAGCCCAACGAGUACCUGAAGGCUCUGGUGGCUGUGGGCGAGAUCUGCCAGGACUACGACAGUGAUAAAAUGUUCCCGGCGUUCGGCUUCGGCGCUCAGAUCCCUCCUGACUACAAGGUCUCCCACGACUUUGCGGUGAAUUUUAACGAGGAGAACCCGGAGUGUGCAGGUAUCCAGGGCGUGGUGGAGGCCUACCAGGCCUGCCUCCCGAAGCUGCAGCUCUACGGCCCCACAAACAUCGCCCCCAUCAUCCAGAAGGUCGCCAACUCCGCCUCGCAGGAAGUCCACACCAAAGAGGCCAUGCAAUACUUCAUCCUGCUGAUCCUGACGGACGGCGUCAUCACCGACAUGGCCGACACCAGGGAGGCCAUCGUCCAGGCCUCCCACCUCCCCAUGUCCGUCAUCAUCGUCGGCAUCGGGAACGCCGACUUCAGCGACAUGCAGAUGCUGGACGGCGAUGACGGGAUCCUGCGCUCACCCAAAGGAGAACCCGUCCUCCGAGACAUCGUCCAGUUCGUCCCCUUCCGCAACUUCAAACACGCGUCUCCAGCGGCUCUGGCUAAGAGCGUGCUGGCAGAAGUGCCCAACCAGGUGGUUGACUACUACAACAGUAAGGGCAUCAAGCCCAAAGUGCCCAGCGAGUACCAGUCUUCCAGGCCGUUUGGCCCCUGAGAGCCGCCGCCGCCGCCGCCGCCGCUGCUCCCGGACAGCACAACAACUCCUGGACUGAGAAAAAUGUUUACUGUUUUCUGUUCUUUGUUAAAGUGACGUUAAAGGUGCUACACGCAGCGUUUCACUACGACGAGGCGGCUCAUCUUAGACAUGAAUCUAAUCACAGACAGUUUACAUCAGGAUUCAUUUAUCUGACUUCAGACUUCAUAAAGAGUCGAGGCUGAACUGUAAACGUGUGUUAGAGAGUUUCUCUAAAUGGCGAAACACACCAAACACAUCAGAUUGCAAACACAACGCACCACACAGACAACCUUUGCUGCUUUUCUGCACAUUAGUGCAUGUUGACACUGAGAAGUCGGACAGAUCGACGUCCUGAUGACGAUGCUGAUGCUGCCUCCAGUCUGAGAUUAUGAAGAAACACCUGAACAUGUUGUGAUGAGGAAACUAUUUUCAGUGUAAAGUAGCUAAAGCUGGUUCGCUAGAUGUUACAACAUAAUGAAAACCACUAAUUUACUAUCAUAAUGAAACUACAUAUAAAUAAGAUGUUUAAAAUGAAGUCAAACUAAGCUUUACUGACUAUAAUUAGCUAUUAUUGUUUAAUUGCUUAAUCUUCCUCUAAUAUUAAAUAUCCUGAACAGAAGACCUGCGUCUGUUUUCACCAAAACAUCAAACUUAAAUCAUUAAUUGAAUCACUGAGAAUCAGUCGCACAGUCACUGAGAAAUAAAGUAACAACAUUUCAGAUCAAAUCAUGUGACUGCAGUCAGCUGAUCACUGACGCAGCUUCAGUUUAAAGGAAACUGUCAUAUUAACCGUCCAGUUUUAUAAAGCUCUGCUCUGACGCAGUCGUCACGCAGGAGUCGAUGGUACAGAUAAGUUAUUAUUGAUCAGCUGAUCCACAUAGAAAACGUUUUUGACGUCUCAUCGAUCAGAAACGCCUCCAUUUUAUCAAACGCAUCAAUGCAAACUGACUCUGAGACGCGGCGGCCAUGUUCUCUUCAACUCUGAGUCUCUUCUUUUUUCUCUCUGGCGCAUUUAGUGAAGUGAAAUUUGCACAAACAUCUGUUUAAAUCACAUGAAUCUGCUGUUUCUAUGUUCUGAACUUAUGAACAGUAUCUAUAUUGAUCGAUCGGCUCUUCACUCGCUACG